AUGGCCGACUCGGACGAGCGGCUGGCCGAACGUACGGCGGCGAUGCGGCUGGACAGCGCACCGCCCCCCUCGCGUCCGGCAGACCUGGAGAUCCUGAUCCCCAACCCCUUCGAGCGCAGAGACGACGAAGGCCACGGUGCGAGUGACGCCGAGAUGCCUACGGCGAGCCCGAGGCAAGGACCAAGGGAUGGAAGGAUCGCGGCGGCGCCGGCGCUGCCGCAGCCCCCGAUGUACUUGGGGGGCACCAUGCAAGACCGGCGCGACUUCAUGCACAAGUACGAGGCCUACUUGGUGAAGGUGAACGUGCUGCAGACGGAGUGGACAGCAGCGCUGGCCAUGCCCGUGAGCGCGUGUAUCGAGACGGAUACACGACGCAUGAUCGCUCGCUGGGAGUUCAGCGGAGCCUCACCCGAGACGAUCACGGAGGAGCAGUGGAAGGACUACUUUCGCCAGGCUCUGGUGACUACCUUCGUGGACUACGCGUCGAUCGACACGGCCAUGAAGUCCCUGAAGAUGCAGACGAAGUGGCCGGAGCCUGAGAGUCGCAUGAUGCACUUGCAGGCCGACAUGGAAGCCAUCCUCAACCGCUUCAACGUCACGGACCUGAUGUUCAAGCACGAGCAGCGCCGCCUGGUCGGCUACCUGACGAAGGCUCUCGAACCUGUGAGCUUCCGCGAAGUCGUGGCGACCAAGCUGACGCUGCAGGAGUUCAAGCCGACAUAG